ACAAAAGCCAACCAAAGCUUGGUCAAACACAACUUUCCCAUGUGGGCUCUGCUCUUUUAUAAGAAAUGAGCUCCCACUGCAAUGGACAGAGGCAUUAACUGGAUGUGUUCCCUCUACCCAGACCCCUUUCACCAGGCUCGUAGCAACUCCUUCCCUCUGAGCCUGCCACCUUCCCAUCGGAUUUGGCUAAAACUGGGCAAAGAGCUGAAAAGGCACAAGGGGCGGGCUGGACAACUGACAAAGCUGUAUCACAUUGGUGCUACCUCCUUAGGAAACCAAAAUGCAAAUAUAACAGCUGCCUUUUCAGAGGCCAAAGGGACACGCUUUGCUCUUAUACAUCCCUCCUCCCUCUCCCAUGCACAAACAUUUAGCGGCAGCCCCCCCUUUACAAAGACCUUGCUUGCAAGUGUUGUUUAGCUAAAAGGCUCUGCGCUCGCAAGCGAGACACCCCGUGUGCCCGUGCUUAGGUACAUGUGUGCCCGUCACGAGGUGGGGACCGGGUGGCCAUGGCAGGAGGGUGCUGCAGCUUUUGGGAGUGCAAGGGAGGGGGAUGGGAGCCCACACAAGCAGCUGGGUUUGCUCGAAAGCAGGGAGGUGGGACACAGCAGGGGCGGAGGAAAAGGGCUGUGCCCCCAGGGUAGGUCCCUGUGCUAUAAAAAUCACUUUGGCUGGAUCCAGAGGUAGGGAAGAGCAGCAGCUUCCACCUCUGCUCCUGCCUCCAACAGCAUCUCUGGGCAGGAGGACCCCAAGUGAAGCCAGGCCCUGAGGAUGAAAAGCCCAGCACUGAGGGUCACUGCACUCCUCCUGGUGCUGCUCUCCUUGGCCCUGGCACCAUCUGAGGCACUGGGGGGCCGGGCUGGUGCCCCAGACAGGCAGCCAGGACCUGGGAGCCAUGGAGAAGAUCCUCAGCCACCUGGAGAUGGAGGGGACAACCUGCCCAGGCAGGGCUCAGAGGGCAGCCACCUUAUGGCUGGUGUGUGGAAGCUGGCGGGAAAGGCCCCUCCUGGCUCCGGGUCCCCCAGCAAGGCCGUGGACAAGCCCCCGCUGGGCAGUGGCGAGCAGGACCCCCCCAGCAAGCCCUGGAGGCUCCCAGCGCGGUCCUCCCGUAGCAGGAGCCCAGGGCGGAGCCAUCACCUGAAGGGCCACGGGAAGUUCAACGGGGACACGCACUCCUGCCACAGCAUCCAGUCCCGGCCCUGCCAGAAGCCCUCCGACUGCGGCGGCUGCCUGGGGCUCUACACCUGCAAGCUGCCUGCUGGCACCUGUGACCUGAAAGCCGUCUCCCGGCAGAGAGGUGGCUUCCUCCAAAGCGUCCAGAGCCCUGAGGGGCGCAGGGUCCUGCCCAUCCCGGCACAACACGGCUCCAUGUAAACUGGAGAAGCUGUCCUGCAGCCAGAGGCCAAUGCUCUCUGUCCGAGUUUCAUUUUAAAUCCUUCAUGACACAGUUGUAAAUGUUUCUUUCACUGCACUUCUCAUGCUGCUGUUUUGUAACACCCCUCUGUAUUUUGUAGGCUAGCCAGGCUUGAUUCCCACUUUCCUGAGAGCUGCCAGCCAAAGCGCCGAGCGGCCACAAAGCCCAGUGCCGGCAGAGCCCACUUGGUGCCCCCAAAUGAGACAAAUGGGGCUAUUUCACAACCCAUUUUCAUUUGAGCGAGUAGGAUGUUGCAAGGAAAAGCUGCCAGUACCUCAGCACACUCACACAGAAGUUCGUGCUGAGCUGAGGAGCCUGUGGGCAUCGGGCAGCCCAGGAAACCCAUUCAGCUCCUCACCACAGCUCCUGCCAGGCGAGGAAGGUGAAGUCCCGCACUGCUGAAAGCAUCACUCAAGAAGGGGAACGCAGAGCCCCCAGGCACAGGCUUGGCAGCGGGACCAUGCAGGACACCUGCUUCUGGAGGCCUGAGCUGAGCCAUGAGAUCAGCUUCAUUUAGCGCCCCACAAGGCUUUGCAGGCAUCGUGGCUGCCUGCGCGGGUGGUCCCAGCUUUGCAGAACCCCAUUCUACUACCAUUAAAAUGAAAAACAUCAUUUAAAAAGACAGCAUU